CCUCGCUCGAGAUAAAUAAUUGGGGCGGCCGAGCGGCCCCAACUUUCCCAAUUGCUGGGAGAAGCAGCCGCAGCCGUCCCCCGUCAACCUGCAGCGAGACCGGCCGUCGCUCCGGCGCCCUGGGAAACCCUCUAGAAAAACCCACAAGGUCCUGCUAGCAAGUCAUGAUGGUUGAAUCCGCCUCAGAGACGAUACGCUCCACUCCCUCCGGCCAGAACGGGGUCAGCAGCCUCACCAACCAGCCCGAUGGCGGCGGGGGCGGCGGGGGGAGAGAAGGAGCCGCCAGCGGGGAGGCCAACGGAGAGAUGAGCCCGGUGGAGCUCCUGCACUUCCAGCAGCAGCAGGCUCUCCAGGUGGCACGCCAGUUCCUGCUGCAGCAGGCCACGGGGCUGAGCUCCCCCAGCAGCAAUGAGGGCAAGCAGCCGGCGGUGCAGGUCCCCGUGUCCGUGGCCAUGAUGUCCCCGCAGAUGAUCACCCCGCAGCAGAUGCAGCAGAUCCUCUCCCCGCCCCAGCUCCAGGCCCUCCUGCAGCAGCAGCAGGCGAUAAUGCUGCAGCAGUUGCAGGAAUACUACAAGAAGCAACAGGAGCAGCUUCACCUGCAGCUAUUGACACAACAGCAAGCUGGAAAGCAGCAGCCCAAAGAGCAGCCGUUAGGGAAUAAGCAGCUGGCGUUCCAGCAGCAGCUCCUGCAGAUGCAGCAGCUCCAGCAGCAGCACCUGUUAAACCUGCAGCGCCAGGGGCUGGUGAGCCUCCCGCCCGGCCAGGGCACCGUGCCCCUGCAGACCCUUCCCCAAGCCGUGUGCCCCUCGGACCUCCAGCAGCUCUGGAAGGAGGUCACGGCCGCCCAGCCCGUCGAGGACAGCAUUAAACAAGAGGGGCUCGACCUCACCACCAACACCUCCAACUCUACCUCGUUUUCGGCCGCCAAGGUCUCGCCUCCCAUUUCCCACCACCCUCUGCCCAAUGGGCAGAGCACCAUGCACACGCCGAGAAGGGACAGCUCUUCCCACGAAGAGACCCCCGGCUCUCACCCGCUCUACGGCCACGGAGAGUGCAAGUGGCCUGGCUGCGAAACCCUCUGUGAGGACUUGGGACAGUUUGUCAAACACCUCAACACAGAACACGCACUCGAUGACCGGAGCACGGCCCAGUGUCGAGUUCAGAUGCAAGUGGUACAGCAGCUGGAAAUCCAGCUGGCGAAGGAGAGCGAGCGCCUCCAAGCAAUGAUGGCUCACCUUCACAUGAGACCUUCAGAGCCAAAGCCUUUCAGCCAACCUCUGAACCUGGUCUCGAGUGCCACCCUCUCCAAGAGCACUUCGGACACGUUCCCCGACGGUUUACCUCAUCCCCCCACCUCCGCCACGGCGCCCAUCACCCCGCUGCGGCAGGGCCCCUCCGUCAUCAGCUCUUCCACUUUACACAACGUGGGGCCCAUCCGCAGGAGGAACUCGGAGAAGUUCUGCACCCCGAUAUCCUCAGAGCUUGCACAGAAUCACGAGUUUUACAAAAACGCCGACGUCCGGCCGCCCUUCACGUACGCCUCGCUCAUCCGGCAGGCCAUCCUGGAGACCCCCGACAGGCAGCUAACGUUGAACGAAAUCUACAACUGGUUCACGCGGAUGUUCGCCUACUUCAGGAGGAACACGGCCACCUGGAAGAACGCCGUCCGCCACAACCUGAGCCUGCACAAGUGCUUCGUGCGCGUGGAGAACGUCAAGGGAGCCGUCUGGACCGUCGACGAGCACGAGUACCAAAAGCGAAGGCCACCAAAGAUGACGGGGAGUCCGACUUUAGUCAAAAACAUGAUUUCGGGACUCGGUUACGGAGCACUUAAUGCAAGUUACCAGGCAGCGCUGGCGGAGAGCAGCUUCCCUCUGCUGAACAGCCCCACCAUGAUCAACACCAGCUCCGCCAGCGGGAUGCUGCACGUGGGCCACGACGACGUGAGCAGCACGGUGGAGCAGGUCAACAGCAACGGCAGCAACAGCCCGCGCCUGUCCCCGCAGCAGUACAGCAGCCACCCAGUGCACGUGAAGGAAGAACCAGCCGAGGCCGAGGACGACAGCAGGCCCGUCUCGCUCCUGGCCACCACCAACCAGAAUGUGACGAUCGCCGACGACAGGGACCUGGAGGAGGAGCUGCCGGUGGAAGACUUGUCCUAAGGACCCCUUCCUCCCGCCCGAGGGGCGAGCGCGUCCCCACCCUGUCCCUCCUGGAGACACAAAGCCACGGCUCCCACCUCCCCAAGGUGACCUCCGGCGCCGACCCGUUUCUUCAAGGCACUUCCACAAAGCAAAAGGGUUUCCAAAAGGGUUUCCUCGGGGCAAGCUGUCGCUGCCGGCGCGUCCCUCCUGGCUGACAGGUCCCCGGCGCGGGGGACACGCAGCGAAAAUGAGAAACAAAAGACCCCGGAGUUGAACUUUGUCUCCCUUCCUCCCUUGGUUAGUAACUGGCGAACGAGGAUGGUAGGUUGUUUCUGUCCGAAAUUGUCCCCCCUUCCCUGCCCACGCUCCGAGGAAGGCUCCUCCAUCCCCUGGCCCCGUGGCGCGUGGCGGGGGCCGACACGACGCAGCUCCAGGACGUCCCCUGCGCACCCCGUGUGCCACCCUCUGCCAUCAAGCACCCCAAGGAGGCCAGAGCCCGCUUUUGAGCCCCGUUCCCCGGCGGGUUUUGCACUAGGAGGACCUGGGGACCUUCCCCCUCUAUCCAGCUUUGGGGGAAGAAUCCGCAGCAAUGGGGCCGAGCCCUCUGACGCAGCUUUGCGCCGCCAUCCUGCGCCUUGCGUUGGGCAAGGACGAGGAGCAGCGUCGGUGGGACCCUGCGUGUGCCUCCCGGCUCGUGGCACCCCAUGGUCACCACUGCCAGGUCCCCAACCCCUGCGUGCCGUCCUCCCCGAGCGCUCCGGUCCCCAGCACCACCAGGGGCCGGUGGCAUCCCGAUGGUGACAACUGUCCCUGGCCAGGCAGCAAGGACAAAUCUCCGGCUCCUCCU